AUGAGGGUCAUCCCUGGUGCCGUCCUCGUGCCCUGCCUUCUGCUGCUGCUGCACCUGGCCCCACGCACACAUGGCCUCGCCCCCCAACCCAGAGGGCACCUCUGCCGGACCCGGCCCACGGACCUGGUGUUUGUUGUCGAUAGCUCGCGCAGCGUAAGGCCCGUGGAGUUUGAGAAGGUGAAGGUGUUCCUGUCCCAGGUCAUCGAGUCGCUAAAUGUGGGGCCCAAUGCCACCCGAGUGGGCGUGGUCAACUACGCCAGCUCCGUGAAGCAGGAGUUCCCGCUGCGGGCCCACCUGUCCAAGGCCGCGCUGCUUCAGGCCGUGCGCCGCAUCCGGCCGCUGUCCACGGGCACCAUGACUGGCCUGGCCAUCCAGUUCGCCAUCACCAAGGCCUUGAGUGAUGCUGAGGGCGGUCGCGCCAAGUCCCCGGACAUCAGCAAGAUGAAGAAGCAGAGGCUCGAAGGCCCUGCGACUGUGAGAUUCCGAGUCCCCUCUGUCCCCACAGUGGUGUCAGACCUGUGUGCCACGGGAGACCAUGACUGUGAGCAGGUGUGCAUCAGCUCCCCCGGCUCCUACACCUGCGCCUGCCGCGAGGGCUUCACCCUGAACAGUGACGGCAAGACCUGCAAUGUCUGCAGUGGCGGCGGAGGCAGUUCGGCCAUUGACCUGGUCUUCCUCAUCGAUGGGUCCAAGAGUGUGCGGCCGGAGAAUUUCGAGCUGGUGAAGAAGUUCAUCAACCAGAUCGUGGACACGCUGGACGUGUCAGACAAGCUGGCCCAGGUGGGGCUGGUGCAGUACUCGAGUUCCGUGCGCCAGGAGUUCCCGCUGGGCCGCUACCGCACCAAGAAGGACAUCAAGGCAGCCGUGCGCAACAUGUCCUACAUGGAAAAGGGCACCAUGACCGGGGCUGCCCUCAAGUACCUCAUCGACAACUCCUUCACUGUGUCCAGUGGGGCCAGGCCUGGGGCCCAGAAGGUGGGCAUCGUCUUCACCGAUGGCCGGAGCCAGGACUACAUCAAUGAUGCUGCCAAGAAGGCCAAGGACCUUGGCUUUAAGAUGUUUGCUGUGGGCGUGGGCAACGCCGUGGAGGACGAGCUGAGGGAGAUCGCCUCGGAGCCCGUGGCAGAGCACUACUUCUACACGGCGGACUUCAAGACCAUCAACCAGAUCGGCAUGAAGCUGCAGAAGAAGAUCUGUGUGGAGGAAGAUCCAUGUGAAUGUGAGUCCAUUGUGAAGUUCCAGGCCAAAGUGGAGGGGCUGCUGCAGGCCUUGACCAGGAAACAUAUCCUUCCCAGAGGCUGA